AUGGAGCCUUUGUAUGUAAAUAUUGAUUUAGUAUCUAGCAAUGCUCUACUUGAAGUUUAUCAAGAAGAAAAUGGCUGGGAAGAAGUUGAUUACAGCGAAAUUAACCUCCCUGAUGUUCGUCAGAUUCAAAUACUUGGUCAUGGUUCUUAUGGGACAGUUUAUAAGUGCACUUUUAGGGGUCGUCAAGUUGCAGUUAAAAUUGCAAAUAAUUCAAAUGAUCUUUCUCAUUCGUUGGUAGAGGCUAAACAUCUGCAUAGUUUUUGUCACCCAAACAUAGUCAACCUUUAUGCACUCUUUCGUGGCGAAUCUUCUGGUAUUGUGAUUGAAUUAAUGGAAGGCGGAUCACUGGAUGAAUCAUUAUCAUAUUUACAUUCAAACAACUUUAUUCAUUGUGAUAUAAAACCAGCAAACAUGCUUCUCUCAAAAAACUACAAAACAUUAAAAUUAUGUGAUUUUGGAACUGUUGCUAAUAAAAAUGUUAAUUUAUGUGACAACAAAGGCUCUGCUGCUUGGAUGGCACCAGAGGUUUUUCAAGGAGAAAGCUAUACACAUAAAUCUGACAUUUAUUCUCUUGGAAUUUCUAUGUGGGAGAUGGCAACACGUAAAUACCCUUUCGACGACAUUAAUGAACCUAAUCACGUUACAAUUUUGUGGAUGGUUUUAAAUGGUGGACUCAGGCCACCAAAAGUUGAUAAAUUGCCUAAACCACUUAUGGAAUUAAUUGAAAGGUGUUGGUCUGCUGAUCCAAACGAUCGACCUUGUUCAGAGGAAAUUGAAAAAUCAUUGGAAAUGUUUAUGAAGGUCCUUCCAAACACUAACAUUGUGUUGACUCAAUUUCUGAAUUUUGAUGUUUCGGCAUAA